UGCAGUCCCCCCCUAUAUCAUCCUCUCCAGAUGUGAGCUCCGAGUUACAGACAACUCGCUUUCAGAGAAGACUGUCACUUACUUCUUGGAUCUGUACAUCCAACACAACAGCAGACAUGAAUGCAAAAUAUGUCUUUGCACUGAUCCUGGCUCUGCAGGUCUCCACAAGCCUGUGUGAAAUCAGAGAUCCAUCACAGGAGCUUGUUGACAAAUAUAACGAAAUGAAAAACACAUUCAAACAGAGAUUGAUCAAUGCUUACAACAAGGCAAAGGGAGUCGUUGAGACACAAGUGGACGGCACUGAGGGAGGUGCAGCUGCCAAGGCCCGCGUGGAAGAGCUGAAAAACAGCGAAGAGUUUAAAGCUCUCCUCGAGGUUCUUAACAACAUGUACACCGAGGUGAGCCCAUCUGUGGACAAGGCCCGUACAGCAGUGCUGGGUGCUUACGAAGAACAUGCACGACCGCACAUUGGCGAAUACCUGAACAAUUUCAUUGAUGUCGCCAAGGCCUACUUGGACAAAGUCAUGCCUGCCCAAUAGAGCAAAUGCUGUCAGAAACCUGUAAUUGAUUCUAGCUUAUAGAAACGACACCCGUUUAGGCCUAGGAGUGCAAUGCACAAUGCAAAUACAAAAUUAUUUGCUUAUUCUUAAAUCCACAUCCUUGUCAAGUCAUGCAGAGUGAAAAGCAUGGCGAAGAUGUCAACACCACCUCUGCAAAUUGUGCAUGUACAGUGUUUUGUGUUUGAUCACUAACCAAAGUCUGCCUGUAAUGUGUGUGUGUUUGAGUGUCCUCAAUAAAAUGAACUGAAAACUA